UAGAUUUGAGGUGGAUAUGAAUGGAAAACGAUUUUCUUGGCAGGGAAUUGCAAAACUGCCUUUCAUUGACGAACAUCGCCUUCUAGCUGAGGUUGCAAAAGUAGAGCACACACUGACAGAGGAAGAAGCACGUAGAAACAGUGCGAUGUUUGACAUGCUCUUUGUAGCAACAUCUCAUCCCUUGUCUGAACACAUCUUUUCUCUUGACCACCAAUGUAAACAUUUGACUGACAGAGAGCGGCCAGAGGUUAAGGAGAAACUGAAACCUGAACUAAGGGCUUCACGCAGUGAUGGGAUGAACGGUUAUAUAUCUCCUUGCUUUGGCGAUACUCACCCUCCCAUAUUCAGGUCUCCAGUUGCGGGCAUGGAAGAUAUAUUGGCCAAUGAAGUCAUAUGUGUCAUAUAUAGGCUUCCGGGAUGCGCAUAAACACAUCACAUAUCCUCCUCCUGGUGUGAUAUUCCCUGAAAA